AUGACGGAAACACUUCUCAAUACGAAUACUCAUGAUAUUCAAUCAGCUCGAAUGAAAUAUGUGGACGCUACAGCACAUCUAUCAACUCAACCGAAUUCUUUAAAGGAAUUAAUUGAUUUAAUCUAUCAAGCAUUUUCUACAAACGAAGUUGACAUUGAUUAUGUUCGUACAAUAAUGACGAACUAUAAAGGUGACAUUAAAGAAUGGCAACAAUAUGUUAAAUUUCAACAACAUAGAUACACAAGAAAUUUAGUUGAUGGUGGUAAUGGAAAAUUUAAUUUAAUGAUUUUAUGCUGGGCCGAAAGUCAGGGUUCAUCGAUACAUAACCAUUCGAAUUCACAUUGUUUUAUGAAGUGUUUACAAGGAACUUUAAUUGAAACAAAAUUUGCAUGGCCACAUGGUGAAAAUGAAGCAGAAGAAGCAAUGCAAGAGAUUGGCCGAUCGGAAUUGAAAGAUGGAAAAGUUGCUUAUAUCAAUGAUUCAAUCGGUUUACAUCGCGUUGAAAAUCCAAGCCAUACAGACACAGGUGUCACCUUACAUCUUUAUGUACCACCCUAUGAUCAUUGUAACGUAUAUGAUGAACGAACAGGUCGCGCAAAUGAAGCUCAUGUCACAUUUUAUUCACGAGGUGGACAAUUAACAAAAGAAGAAUAA